GCGCGUGCUCACUAACAGUCUCUCAUGGAGCUUUAACUAUAGAGACUCACUGUGGUCUUAUUAAAGUCUUAUUAAAGUUUAGGGAUUUCACUGGUUGUUGUUUGUGUCGAGGUGAAGGUUAUAAAAAAGAAAGAAAAAAAGUGAAGAUUCGCAGUUUAAGCGAGUGUUUUCAGCACAAUGCCUCACAGGAAAAAGAAAUCGUUCAUUAGUAAGAAAAAUGCCGUGUCGUUCCACCUGGUGCACAGGAGUCAGAAAGACCCGCUGGCAGCCGACGAAAAAGCGCCUCAGCAUGUCCUCAUACCUGCUGCCACUAAGGUUGAGACCGAGAAAAGAAGAGAGGAGCAGAGGAAGUACGGCGUGUUUUUCGACGACGAUUACGAUUACCUGCAGCACCUCAGAGAGGCGUCUCAGCCUGCAGAGCUCGUCUCCGCAUCACGACCAUACAGAGACUCACGAUCUCUGGGGUUUGGAGAAGCAGAAGAAGAAGAAGCAGCCGUGGAGGUAGAUGAGGAUGAAGAGGCGGAGGUUGUCAUGGAGAUUCCUCAGUCGGCCUCCAUCAAACUCCCGUCGUCUGUGUUCGCCUCAGAGUUUGAGGAGGAAGUGGGUUUGUUAAACAAAGCUGCUCCCAUAUCAGGCCCAAGGCUGGACAUGGACCCGGACAUAGUGGCUGCUCUGGAUGAAGACUUUGACUUUGACGACCCUGAGAACGUCCUGGACGACGACUUCGUCAUUAAAGCCAAUGACGUGGUGUCAGGAGACAACGACAUGGGUGAAGGUGGUGAUGAUGAUGAAGAGUGGGAGUCCACGGACGAGGGUGAGAGCGGUGAAGAAGGACGCGACGACGAUGAUCGGAGCUAUGACUCGGCAGGUGGCGUGUCCGAUGAGGACGGCGAAGGGGACAGGGCGUGGUUCAUGUUCAUGGACUGUGAGACGAAGAGUCGGUUCACUGAUUACUCGCUCACGUCGUCUGUGAUGAGGAGGAACGAGCAGCUCACGCUCCUGGACGAGCGCUUCGAAAAGUUCUACGAGCAGUUUGACGAUGAUGAAAUCGGCGCUCUCGAUAACGCAGAGCUGGAAGGAUUCAUCAACCCGUCGAGUACACGGCUAGAGGACGUCAUCCACGACUACUUCAAACAGAAGGAGAAGGAGAUCCAGAAGCCGGAUCAGCUCGGCCCUCCUGAACUGCCCUCUCUGAAGGAGGAAGACGAAGAGGAGGAUGAAGAACAGGAAAUGGAGACGCUGGUCAUUGAGGAGGCACCUGAGGAGAAGUGGGACUGCGAGACCAUCAUCAGCACGUACUCGAACCUGUACAAUCGCCCGAAGCUGAUCGAAGACCCACCCAAGCAGAAGCAGAUCCGCGUGUCCAGUAAGACGGGGAUUCCUCUGGACGUGCUGCCCCACAGAGGUCUGACGGCGAAGCAGGUGGAGCGCAUGGAGAGGAUCAACGACUCGGACCUGCCGCGAGCCUCCACGCAGCCGCGCUCCCGAGAGGAGAGCAGAGACGACCGCAAACUCAGGAAACAGGCCAUCAAAGAGGAGAGGAAGGAGCGACGGAUGGAGAAGAAGUCUAAUAAGGUGGCGUUUAAGCAGGAGAAACAGAAGCAAGAGAAGCAGAUGGUCAGCCUGAGGGCUAACGUACAGGGCAUGAAGCUGUCCUGAUCUCCAGCGGACAUCAGAACACUCGGGACUGAUCGAGACCAGAGGCGGGGUUUUCCUUUAGUGAUCCGAAUAAAGACUAAAACAGUGACCGAGAUUGACCGAUAUCACUGCACUCUGCAUUGAUGAACACAAUUUAUCACUCUGCAUCUGAAGUUCGAGUUCCAUCACAUCAAGGUCUUUUCACUAUAUCCUCCUUGACCCAGCGCCUACUUGUUUAGGAGCAAACCUCCAAGUAUGGAUCAUCCUGUACUGUCAGGGAGUGGACUCAAGAGUGUACAGAGUGCUUCAAGCUUAUCUAACAUUACUAUUUGUUGACAUCAUGUAAGGUUUAUUAUUAAAAUAAAAACCUUGCCUUGUUUUUGUA